CCUUGCAUUGACUUGUUUGAUUUGCGAGUUCUGCUCCUCCACCGCCAGCGGCAGCAGGAAAAUUUUCUGGCCUAACCCCAUCAGACGUCAUUUGCCUGCCUGAUCGGUUCCCGCCGCAUAUAAAGCAUCGUCUAGCUCCCCAUGUCUUCUACCGAGAGCCCCGACGCCGCCACCGUCUUCUACGAGCAGCUGGAGAACCUCGAGGAUGAGUUCGAGGAGGUUGAGCUCGAGCUCCUCCGCCAGCAGGCCAAGCUCACCAAGGACCUGUACGCCAAGCGCGCCAAGGUCAUUGCUCAGAUCCCCAGCUUCUGGCCCCUCGUCUUCGAGCAGGCUCCCCCGGAUAUCGACGAGUACGUCCAGCCGACCGACUCUGCCGUGCUGCUGAGCUCGCUCGUCGACCUGUCCGUCGAGCGCUUCGAGCUGCCCGACGGCGACCCUCGCAGCAUCGCCAUCAAGUUCGAGUUCAGCGAGAACGAGUACUUUGAGAACAAGGUGCUCGAGAAGAAGUUCUGGUGGCGCCGCAACAAGGACGGCUGGGCGGGCCUCGUCAGCGAGCCCGUCAAGAUCAACUGGAAGCCCGGCAAGGACCUGACCAGCGGCCUGCUGGACCUCGUCUACCAGGUCUGGGAGGACGACAAGGCCGGCAAGGGCGACGACACCGAGGCCAAGAAGAAGCUCAAGGAGCAGAUGGAGAGCACCGGCCUCGACGGCGUCAGCUUCUUUGCCUGGUUCGGCUUCCGCGGCCUCAGCAUCUCCGAGGAGGAGAACAAGGCCGCCGUCAAGGAGGAGCAGGAGAAGCGCCAGGCCCGCAAGGAGGGCAAGCCCGUCGACGAGGACAUGGACGAGGAGGACGACGACGAUGAGGACGACGACGAGUACGAGAUGGAGAUCUUCCCCACCGCCGACGACCUGGCCGUCUGCAUCGCCGAGGACCUCUGGCCCGGCGCCAUCAAGUACUUCUUGACGGCCCAGGAGCUGGAUGGCCAGAGCGACAUCAGCUUUGAGUCUGACGAGGAGAUGGACGAGGACGAGGCCGCCGCUCAGCCCUCCAAGAAGCGCAAGGCUUAAGCCUUUCUCUUCGGUUCUUCUAUUUGCUCCAGAGCUGAUGACGAUGAUGACCGGAAAAAACAAUUGGGCUGUUACAAAAAGGAAGUUGCUCUAUGGAGCUUGGUGCUUUACGGUUAUAUAGAAAAAUUCAUACCCCCAUU